AUGAAGAACAUAACCCCCCUCCUCUCCACCCUCAUAACCGCAAACCACAUCCUCUCCCACCACACCGUCCUCGACCCCUUUGGCCACAUCAGCGUCCGCAACUCCAACACAAACACCACUUUCUUCAUCGCUUUGCAAAUUGGCCCAGCGACCGUCUCCUCCCCCGCCGACAUAGGCGAAUACCACAUCGCCGACGGCACGCCCUUACCCGGUACUACGGGCGGAUAUGCGGAACGCUAUAUCCACAAUUAUGCUGGUAAUGGGAAGGGAGAUGGAGAUGGAGAUGGAGAUGGAAAGGGAAUGCUGGGCAUAUAG